AUGGCAAUGGCCAACAAAUCGACUGAAAAGCGGAUCCACCAGGAGAUUGACCAUUUCCGCGGAGAUGGAAUCCUCGUCAUGCGCAAUCCUUUUAAGGCUAUCUUGUCUUAUCGGAACUUUGCCUUCGGUGGAAACAUGGCCGGUCUGGCUCCAGUCGAAGCUUUUUCUCAAGGACUUGAACCCGUACGAAUUGGAGACCGCAAAAUAUCCACGUGGGAUCAGUUCAUCAGUCGCAGCGUCGCUAGUUGGGAAAUGUUGGCAACAGUUUGGAUCAGAGGAUUGAAACGCGGGGGCGUCGUCUACUACGAGAAAUUGCGUCGGGACACGGGUCCGCAGCUAUUGCAGAUGGCCGAAAUGUUAGGCAUUUCAAACGUGAAUAAAGAUCGACUAGAUUGCGUGCUUCGUCACAAUCAGGACAACACAUUUAAACGGAGUGAAUCUGGUCCGAAGAAUUAUCCAAAGAACCCAUUUACGGAGAGCCAACAUUUGCUGAUAUUGAAAUCUAUUCAAAGCGUGCAAAUGGCAUUGAAAGAACGAGGGCUGGACCCUUUACCUGUCGAGAUGUACGAUUUCUACACGCCAAUGUACCAAUAUGGCCAUUGGAACGGCUAAGCACUGUGAUAAAUUUUUUAUUUUUUUAAUUUCAUCUGUUUUUAAAAAGCUCUUUCUCUUCAUUUUGAGCUUAUUGAUGGAAGCGUUUCCUAACAGAAGAAUAAGCAAAUUCAAUGUUAACUUAAAUAA